AUGUCAGAAGUUAAGGUUGGAAUUAUUGGAGGUUCUGGAUUCGACGAUCCAGAUCUAUUACAAAACGCAAAAGUUCGGACUGUAACUACUCCAUUCGGAAAUCCAUCAGGUGUUCUUACUGAAGGUUUUGUUAAAGGUGUCCCGUGUGUUGUGCUUCCCAGGCACGGAAAGGAACAUUUACUGCUGCCAAGCGAGAUCAAUUAUCGGGCCAACAUUUGGGCGUUAAAAGAACUUGGGUGUACUCACAUAUUAGCCACAAACGCUUGUGGUAGUCUGCAGAAAGACAAAAAACCUGGUGAUUUCGUUGUUCUUAACCAGUUUUACGAUAAUACUCAAAAUCGAGAGCUUACGUUUUAUGGAAGUGGGCCUGGCUCACUGAAAGGAGUCUUACAUAUGCCGAUGGCAGACCCAUUUUGUGAAGAAACACGUCAGGUUUUAAUCAAAGCAGCUAAAAAUCUAUCACUAACUAUUCGUGAUAAAACGUGUAGUUCAGAUACAAUUAGCAAUCAUCCGUGUGUGCAUACUGAAGGUUCUGUAAUUACUAUUAAUGGUCCACGUUUUUCAACUCGUUGCGAAUCAUUGUUAUUUCAAAAAUGGGGUUUCGAUUUGAUCAAUAUGACAUUAGUUCCUGAGGUUUCAUUGGCUCGCGAAGCUGGUUUAAGUUAUGCUUCUAUAGCAAUCGUUACAGAUUUCGAUUGUUGGAAAGCAGAUGAGGAACAUGUCUGUGUUGAUAUGGUUUUGGAACAGUUUCGUAAAAGUGUUGGUCAAGUUAGGGAAAUCUUAUUAGAAGCUGUGAGAUUGAUUGGUGCUUGUGACUGGACAAAAACUAUUGAAGCAAAUAAGGCGCUAGUGUUAAGCUCACGUCAAGACUUACUUCAUCAAGGAAGUAAUGACAAAUAA